CGCAGAGCGGAGCGGAGCUGGAGGCGGCGGUCGGUGCCGGAGCGCGCGGAGCCCGCGGGGAGCGCAGCGCCUGCCCGCCCGCCCGGCCGGCCCCAUGGAGAAGUACCGAGCUCUAGAGCAGCUGCUUACUGAACUCGAAGAUUUUCUGAAGAUCUUGGACAAGGAGAACCUGAGCAGCACAGCCAUCGUGAAGAAAUGCUUCCUCUCCGACCUCCUCCGGGUGUACACAAAGUCAAGCGGUGGCGAUGAGGAAUACAUUUACAUGAACAAAGUGACCGUCAAUAAACAGCAGGGUACACCACAGAAGCAAGACCAAGCACUGGAUCGCAGAGACGCGGUGCCCAACGGGGAAGCAGGACAGCAUUCAUCUCCUCCUCAGAAGAGCCUGCCAGACCUUCCUCCACCAAAGAUAAUUCCAGAAGUGAAACAGCCCUUGGCCUUCAGGACUGAGUCACCAGAGGGAUAUUAUGAAGAAGCUGAGCCAUACGAUGUCUCCAUGAAUGGUCAUUUCGGUAGGCUUGCUGCCUCUGGAACAAGGACAGGGUUACAAGUUACUGAGGGAGUAAUUUAUGCCACAAUAACUCUGGAAGAUGGAGAAGCAGUUAGCAGCUCUUAUGAAUCCUACGAUGAAGAAGAGAGCAGUAAAGGAAAGUCAGCGACCCACCAGUGGCCAUCCCCUGAAGCCACCAUUGAAUUGAUGAAGGAUGCUCGUAUCUGCGCUUUCCUCUGGAGAAAGAAAUGGCUGGGCCAGUGGGCCAAACAGCUCUGUGUCAUUAAGGACACCAGAUUGCUGUGCUACAAAAGCUCCAAGGACCACAACCCCCAGCUAGAUGUGAAUUUGCUUGGCUGCACUGUCACAUACAAGGAGAAGCAAGUGAGGAAGAAGGAGCACAAGCUGAAGAUCAUUCCCAUGAAUACCGAUGUCAUUGUGCUGGGACUGCAGAGUAAGGACCAGGCUGAGCAGUGGCUCAGGGUGAUCCAGGAGGCCAGCAGCUUUCAGUCCGAAGGAAUUGGUGAAGGAAACCAGUACGUCCCAGACUCCCAGCGCCUAAGCUACCCCAAGGUGGAGUUAUCCGAGAGGUAUUCUGUGGCAUCGGAGAGUGGGAGCAGCACAGACAGCCACCCAGAGCCUGCUGAAACAAAAGAUGUUAAGAAGAAGGGGACGUCGGGACUGAAACUGAGCAACCUGAUGAACCUUGGGAGAAAAAAAUCCAGCUCACUGGAGAGUCCAGAGAGAUCUCUGGAAACUUCCAGUUAUCUGAACAUGCUAGUGAACAGCCAGUGGAAGUCCCGCUGGUGUCAAGUGAAAGAUGGUCAUCUCCAUUUCUACCAGGACAAGAACAGAAGCAAAAGUGCUGAGCAGCCCCUAAACCUGGCAGGCUGUGAAGUUGUUCCAGAGCCAAGCCCCGACCACCUCUACUCCUUCCGUGUCCUCCACAGUGGGGAAGAGCUCAUCAUGUUAGAGGCCAAGUCAUCUGAGGAAAUGGGCCACUGGCUGGGCCUCCUCUUAUCAGAGUCGGGCUCAAAAACAGACCCGGAAGAUUUUACCUACGAUUAUGUUGAUGCUGACCGGAUUUCCUGCAUCGUGAGCGCUGCAAAGAAUUCCUUCUUCCUAAUGCAGAGGAAGUACACGGAGCCGAACACCUACAUCAAUAACCUGCCACAGGAAAGAGCACAGGAGGAGGAGCUGUACGAUGACGUGGACCUGCUGGAGGUGAUCACAGAAGAAAUAUCCCAAGGUGAAAGCAAAUGCGAAGGAGACCAAGACAGGGUGUACCUAGACCUCAUGCCAAUGAGGUCUUUCCUGCACACCGUUGCCAAGAAGGAGACAGAGGCUUCACCUUUAAGUUCUCCAUCGCUGGGGAGGGCUAGCAAUAAGACAACAGCAGACAGUGCAACAGACCCAUCCUCAGCGGCUGUGGAAGCAGAACCCUGUCAAAAGCCGGUGGAUGCCCCUGACCAGCAGAAACCUCAGAAGACGGAGCCAGAAGAGCCAGUGCCGCGGACAACCACUGUUAAAAUCCAGACGCAGCAGCAGAAAAUCGCCUUCCCUCAGAGCAGUCCUGAGAUCACAGCUGCCACCACAAUCCUGGCCAGCCCGUCUGCUCCGAAGGAGAAGAUAGACCGUGCCAAGGUGACGAGCACAGCAGUGGAAACCAAACUGGGCAAGAACCGGACCGAGGCUGAGGUGAAGCGCUACACUGAAGAAAAAGAGCGCCUGGAGAAAGAAAAAGAAGACAUCCGUUCUCAGUUGACCCAGCUCCGGAAACAGAAACGGGAUCUGAAGGGGACUUUAGCUAGCUGCACAGAUAAGAGCAUACUGGCUACCACAGAGGAGAAGCUGAAGGAGAUCGAGGAGGCAUGCAAAAGGAAAGAGAGCAGGAGGGUGGACCUGGAACUGAGCCUUGUGGAAGUGAAAGAAAACCUGAAGAAAGCAGAGUCUGGCCCAGUGACACUCGGCACAGCCGUGGACACCACGCACCUGGAGAACGCGGCCCCCAAAGUAAAAAUUGCCAGCCCAGCAAGCAGCGCAGACAACUCCCCAGUUAAUUCAGCAACAGCUUUAAAGAAUAGGCCGCUGUCUGUCAUGGUAACAGGAAAAGGCACCGUUCUACAGAAAGCUAAGGAAUGGGAGAAGAAAGGCGCUAGUUAGAAAAGGCAUAUGUCUUCAAGAAUGGACUAAAAAGACUAGACUCGCCAAUGCUUGGACAUCAGAAUUCAGCCAUCUGUAGGUAGAGGCUGGGCUAGAAAGGCUAAAAUACCCACCGAUGCCUCCAUCCCGUGUCAUUGGCUCAGAAGAAAUGAUGGAGUUGGACUGUCUCCCUUACCAUCUUAAUUCAAAAUGGUCCUGCUCUUUCCAGCCAAGUCCUAUUGUGUAGCUAAGAGAAUAACACAAGUGGCACCCUUGCGUCAUACUCCUAACCUGACCAAUGUACACAAGAAUGUUACUGUACAUAUGGAUGUUUUGUGUAUUUCUACUCUGAAGUUUUAUCAUUUAAGGUUUCUAUAUUAGCAAUAGCUCCAUUACUGGUGGAAUCCCAGUGGAGACCUAUUGCUCUUGUUGCUUACGCACCAGGAUCCCCAACUUUCUGCAGCAGACUCGUACCAGAUCACCAGACAAAAGCCGACUCAUCUCAGCCUGUUGCCAGCUGCUGCCCAUGGUCGGUGUCUGCACCAAAGCCGAGUUUCUCUAGACAAACAAAAAGUUGAGAACCCCAAACUCUACUGAGUGAAACGUGUGCAACCAAAUUGGAAGCAUGCAGCAUCCCUACCCAAGAACCCAGCACAGCAACUCACCAUCAGGUUGAGAUGGACAGCUAAGAGUCAACUUACACUUAUCCCAAGAUUUGUACUCACGUGCUUGUCUCUGUAACUGGGAAUGAGCAUGGUCAUCAUCACUUUCCUUGGAGAAGUUUGAUUUCCCAGAAGUGAAGACAAUCAAGACCUUCCUCCUGUUUUUGGCCAGCGGAAACCUGGUACCCAGAAAGAUCCCCUAAAGCUGCCGAAAGCAAGUUGGACUCAUUUUCCUUCAUAAAGAUGUUGAACUUCUUCAAAGAGAAACUGAGGAGGGUAGUUGUCACCUCAAUUUUACCUGCGAGGGCUUGAAGCAGAGAUGGGCCUGCAUACCCUCAGGCAGGCAACUUCGAGAUCUGGAUCCAUCUUUCACACAUGACCAUUUCAAGAGGCCGGUUCUUCCUCCCACGAUGUGAAUGCUCUUUGCUGGUUUGGAGAUUUGGGUCCAACUCUGAAUGGCUUUUCUGGCACAUCUUUAGAGAGAGCUGGCUUACAAGAGCUUAUGCUCCAGUCACAUUUGUGAUGUCAUUUUACCUUGUUUCUCUCUCUCUCUCUCGCACACACUUUCAGGGGAAGUAGAGAAAACUUAGCAGCAGACAGACUGCAGGCCAUCUCUCUGGCACUGAAGUUUACACAGCAUCCCUUUCUUUUUUGCUGAAACAGUAGCACCGCAGUAGCUAAGGGGUUUAGGAUUUUUUUUUUUUUUAUAGCUACUGAAUUAACCUGAGUGAACCCCUGGUCUGCAGACUAGCUUGCAUGCACAAUCUUUCUACUAUUGAUUGACAGAGCUCUUCUAAAGUGAUAGCAGUGAAAUGACAUUCAGAUCACUCACCUCUGAGAGGAAAGGGAGCUAGUUCCAGGGCCAGGCCUGCUUUCCUCCCCUGGCAUCCUUCAGCCCCACCAAACUGGAAGUCUGCUUCACUAGCCCAGCUCGCUCUGAUGGUCUCAGCCUUGCUCUGGCACCACAGAGGCUAAAGCAGUGGAGAUAAUGCAGGUGUGGGCCGUGUUAGCUUGUCCCUGGACUCACCCUUCCCACAGACUGCCAUGCCAGGGCAGCUCCCAGGGCCAGUCAGGAGGCACAGGGCUGUUGCAGAGAAAGCCCUGGUGCCCCACAGUUGGGGGCCAGCCCUGCAGUCUGUUCCUCGCCCGCCCGCCCGCCCGCCCGCCCACCACAACGCGCCUUGACAAAGAGCAGGACGUAUCCCCAUGAGAGGAUAUAGUCUGGACUUCAGCACUCUGCUUUAUUAGCCAGCUCUGCCAUGGUCAGAGGGGCAGUUAAGGACAAGAAAUGUUAUUUCACUCAUUCACUUCUGCUUUUAAAUAAGUGCUUAAGAGGCUUUUUUGGACCAAGGCAUACAGACUACCUGGAAAAGGUGUUCCAGGGAGUGGCAGGUUAGAUGCAAAGGGGAAACAAUAAUCCUUUUUCCCUGUCUUAUGCCAACCCUGCAGCUCCACAAGCCAUCAGGCAGUACGUUCCCACGGGCUGAGAUCCUCACCACAAAAUGCCGUGGAGCCGUACUACAUUUGCAGCUUCCGCACGAGCAGCCCUAGCACAGAUUCGGGGGUUGAGCAGCAAAGUCUAGAGAGGGCAGUUAUUUAGGCACGUCCUUCCUGUUCUUGAAAGUUUUCCCUUAAGCGGUUGGAUGAAAUCGGAGCUUCAGAAAACAAGGGCCUCUGCCUCUACUCGCAUCCUGCCACUGGUCUCUGAUACGAAACUAAUAUGAAAAACAGAUCCCAUGUACCAGCUGCACCACGAAGGGCUUCUUUUCCCCCCAGAGCAUGCAGAGUGGGUCAGCAUCCCCACCCAACUCAUUUUCUAUCCAUCAUGCAUUUCCAGCCUCUCUAUACCUUUACUGUAACAACCAGCCUCAACUCUACAGCUUGGAUGUGGAAGGGUUGUCAGUCAUUUCAUACUCUACUCACCACACAGAAAGCGAAAGAACCCAAGCCAUCGUUCUGACAUCUUGGAGGAAACAUCACCACGAACUGUAGACAGAAAUGGAAAAACCUUGCUUAAUAUUUUACUCCAUGACCCAGGGCAAUAUAGAUCACACCUGUUGGUCCAUCUGUGUGUGUGUAGAUAUAGUACAUCUGAUCAUCUUAUCGUGGGACUGAGAACAAUAUGAGUCCAGACCCAAAUCCGUAUUACGGCAACAUGUUAAAAUAGUAUCUCUGUUGUCCCACUGUCUUCCUAAUUCAAGGCCAUUCUCCUUUGUCAUAACUGUGACCCGUCAAGUGGCUUUCGAGAGGUUUAUAAUAAAACAUUGAGUAUAUUAAACGGA